GUGUGACCCAGAAGAAAGCUGUCCUUGCAGAGGCCCCCUUGGUGACAGGGCAGCCUGGCCCUGGCCAUGGGAAGAAGCUGGGCCAUCGAGGCGUGGAUGCAUCUGGAGAGACCACAUAUAAGAAGACCACCUCAUCCACCCUGAAGGGUGCCAUCCAGCUGGGGAUCGGGUACACGGUGGGCAACCUCAGCUCUAAGCCGGAGCGUGAUGUGCUCAUGCAGGACUUUUAUGUGGUAGAGAGCAUCUUCUUCCCCAGCGAAGGGAGCAACCUCACCCCUGCCCACCACUUCCAGGAUUUCCGCUUCAAGACCUAUGCACCUGUUGCCUUCCGUUACUUCCGGGAGCUCUUCGGCAUCCGGCCAGACGAUUACUUGUACUCGCUGUGCAAUGAGCCACUCAUCGAGCUGUCCAACCCUGGUGCCAGCGGCUCUGUCUUCUACGUCACCAGCGACGAUGAGUUUAUCAUCAAGACCGUCAUGCACAAGGAAGCCGAGUUCCUGCAGAAGCUGCUGCCUGGCUACUACAUGAACCUCAACCAGAACCCACGCACGCUGCUGCCCAAGUUCUACGGGCUGUACUGCGUGCAGUCUGGCGGCAAGAACAUCCGAGUGGUGGUCAUGAACAAUGUGCUGCCCCGAGUAGUCAAGAUGCACCUCAAGUUUGACCUCAAGGGCUCUACAUACAAGCGCAGGGCAAGCAAGAAGGAGAAGGAGAAGAGCCUGCCCACCUACAAGGACCUGGAUUUCAUGCAGGACAUGCCCGAAGGGCUGCUGCUGGAUGCCGACACUUUCGGCGCCCUGGUCAAGACGCUGCAGCGCGACUGCCUGGUGCUAGAGAGCUUCAAGAUCAUGGACUACAGCCUCCUGCUGGGUGUGCACAACAUAGAUCAACAGGAGCGAGAGUGCCAGGCAGAAGGUGCCCGGAGCACGGCAGACGAGAAGCGACCGGUGGCACAGAAGGCUCUGUACUCCACAGCCAUGGAAUCCAUCCAGGGUGGCGCUGCCCGUGGGGAAGCCAUUGAGACGGAUGACACGAUGGGUGGGAUCCCGGCUGUGAAUGGGCGUGGGGAACGGCUGUUACUUCAUAUCGGAAUCAUUGACAUUCUGCAGUCCUAUAGGUUCAUCAAGAAGUUAGAACACACCUGGAAGGCCCUGGUGCACGAUGGGGACACUGUCUCAGUCCACCGGCCCAGCUUCUAUGCAGAGCGCUUCUUCAAGUUCAUGAGUAGCACAGUCUUCAGGAAGAGUUCCUCCCUGAAGUCCUCUCCAUCCAAGAAAGGGCGUGGUGCCCUGUUGGCUGUCAAACCCCUGGGGCCCACAGCUGCUUUCUCGGCCAGCCAGAUCCCCAGUGAGAGAGAAGAUGCGCAGUAUGACCUUCGCGGGGCCCGCAGCUACCCCACGCUGGAAGAUGAAGGCCGGCCUGACCUCCUGCCCUGCACCCCGCCAUCCUUUGAAGAAGCCACCACAGCCUCCAUCGCCACCACCCUGUCUUCCACCUCCCUCUCCAUCCCAGAACGCUCCCCUUCGGAGACAUCAGAGCAGCCCCGGUACAGGCGGCGCACGCAGUCUUCAGGCCAGGAUGGCCGGUCCCAGGAGCCCCACAUGGAGGAUCUGCAGAAGAUCACAGUGCAGGUGGAGCCAGUGUGUGACGUGGGGAUUAUGGUCCCCAAGGAGCAGGGUGCGGGAGGGGAGGUCCCCCUAUCAGGGGCAUCAGCUGUAACCACUGUGGAAGUGGACGCUGCCAGCCAGGCCUCAGAGCCUGCCAGCCAGGCCUCGGAUGAGGAGGACGCACCUUCCACAGACAUCUAUUUUCCCACCGACGAGAGGAGCUGGGUGUACUCCCCGCUUCACUAUAGCACGCGGCCCGCCUCCGACGGCGAGAGCGACACAUAACUUCUAUGCAGUCCCUAGUCUGGAGCCCAGUGUCCUUCUGCCACCCCAGUCACUUCCUGGAGGCAAUGCCCCUCACUGGGGCCCAGAGCUCAGCAACAUUACCCCAAAGGCCCUGGCCCGACCUCAUCCUCUCCCUCCCCACCGACGGAUGCCACCGGCCAGGCCCAUUCCCAGGAUAGCUUGGGCCACCAUCUGCCGCUACCUGUGCCUGUUGGGGCGGCAACAUUCGGAGGGCCCGAUUCUGUAUUUAUUUUGGGUCCUUUUUUGCACGGAGAGGGAGCACAGGAGUGAUUUUCUAGGACAAAGACAAAAGACACAGAAAACCCAGGAAGAGGCUGCAGCCACUGGCCUUGAUGGAUCAGGCUCUACAUGUCCUCCUAUUUUGGGGGACCUGCCCCACCAGCUAGGUGGUUCCAGUAAAGCCUACUCUCUCCAAGGCUCUCAUGGUGGCCUGCAGAGGGGACAGGCCCUGGAGCCUCUGCUUGCUCCUGAGUUGGAUGAGGCCACCGUUGGCAGCCUCAGCAGAGCCCCUCCAUCACCUCAGGUUUGGGACCCAAGCAGACCAGGACUAGCCAUGCCCUGUGUGCUUUCUGCAACUUCUUAUCGCCACCGGAAGUAUGUCCUCAAGCACGUAUGUCUUGCGGUUACAAUCACACCUGGCGAUGACUGGGAGCAGCCACCCUGUUUGCCUCCAAUCCCUGGGAAGCCCUGAGCUGGGGACGUGGUAUCCCUCCACUCCCAGGGAACUCCCCUUCAGAGCAGAUCCUGCCCCGAGAAGAGCAAGGCCAGGCUGCAGAGUGACAGCUGGGCCCUCAAACACCCUGGCUGAAGAUGAAGCACCAGAGCCAACUGUGUGCACUGGGACACCUGGGAGAGGGAGCUGUCCCUUCCCCUGGGCAGACUUCACCCACCCACACCCAUGUGGAACUUCUGGCAAGUAGUGUGUUGGGUACAGUACCAUCAUGUCCCUGUCUCAUGGAUGUUCUACCCGUGGUGUUCUCCUAGGAAUCAAGCUGGACAAUUCUGAAAGCCAGGCUGCGCUCCCGGUACACAGCCUUUGGGUCAGCCCCAUGAGCCCCUGGGUUGCACCUUCAGGGACAUAGAAGGCAGGACCUGACUGGCUAACGGGGAGCACAGCAGGCUAUGGAGGCAGUGAGGACCAUGACACAGCCCUUCCUGCAGGCACCCACUUCCGUCACGGGAAGAAAGGACAUGGACUGGAAGCAGACCCUAGCUGGUAUUUACAGACAGGGCUGAGGUAGGAGGGAUGGACAGACGUCUGCCCUGGUCCUCACUGCAGUUCCAUGUUUGUGUUAAAGUCCCAGAGCCCCUCCAAAGGUCUCCCUUGUUUGCUGAUGGGGGUCCUGUUUUGGCACUGGCAAGUGACAUCCAUGUGGUGAGCUGCUGAGUGAGUUGAUUCAGGGGCUACAAAGGCCCAGUCUUGCAUAGACCCCUCCAGGAAGGCAUUGUGUCAUCUGUCAUCCCAACACUUGGAAGGCUAACGCAGGAGGAUUGUGGCAACUUCCAGGCUAGGCUGCGCUACAGAGUGAAAUCCUGUCUGAAAAAAAAUCACAGGGCUGGCGCUACUGCUCAGUGGGCAAAGCUCCCCCAGCCAUCUGAGCCCUGGGUUCCAUCCUAGCACUCACAAACAAGAUGGGGUGAGGCAUCUGUCACUCCAGCGCUUGGGAGAUGGAGACAGAAGGAGCUCAAGGUCAUACCUGCCUGCAUUUCCAGUCGUAAGCCAGCCUGGGCUACAAGAGACCCUCUCAAAAAAGAAUCUGUAAAUAUUUUGUGAUUCCCCAUCCUGUUCUGUCCAACGGCCGCUAUCGCCCCACCGUGGACGGCGUGUGAUCUGUACUGUAAGGAUCAGAGGUACCUCCAAGACUGAGGUGUCCCGGGUCCGCCUCUGUUCCCCCACCCCCAGCCAGUCCCCUGUCCAGCCCCACAGCAACCUCAGUGCAAUAUAUGCCCUCCCCGUGGGGUCCCUUGGCACGGUACUGUCUCCGCAGUCCUUCCGUACCCCACCUCUCCGGUGGUUAAAAAGAUCGCAUCGCACACUUUCACCCCAGGCCUGUUUUUAAUGCUGAAUCCAUUCUGAAAACUUCAAAACCUCGUGUGUCUUACUCAUCAGGGCGAGGGAGUCCCGGGUCCUCAGCCUCUGCGGUCUGGUGUGUGACAAUCCAAGCACGGUGUCCCCUUGCACCAACCAGGGGGCCCUGUCCCUCCAGUGCAGCCGCUGCUGACAGCAGCCGGCAUCUGUAUGCAGCCCAGGUUCCCACCACAGCCCCUAUUUUUAAGUUAAAAAUCUCUAAUAAAUCGGGUAUUAAGCA